AUGGUCCGCUCGUCUACAUUGGCAACCGCCUCUACUCGGGAUGACAACCCUCCUUCCCCCACUUCCUCCAUCUCCUCCGGCUUAUCUUCGGCGCCUGGAUCUCCCUCGGGUGGUAUUGGCCAAGAUCAAGAGGACGACGAGGAAGCUCCCGAUAUGGGUUCGGACAUCGAGCUAUUACCGAAUGAUGUCGAGGAGGAAGAGGACGUAGUGGUGUCGAAGCAGAUAACAGGCGAAAAGAAGAAGAGGGAGGAGGACUCAUCCGAGGAGGAUUCGGACGAGGAGUACGACGUCAAGCCCAAGAAGAAGAAGGCGAAGAGCAAGAGCAAGAAGAAGGGCAAGGGGAAAGCGAAGGGGAAGGAGAAGGAAGUGACAGCGCCAAAGAAGAAGGUGCUCUUGGCGAAGGCGGCAGUUUGGAAUGAUAUACCGGACUGGGGGGAUCGGACGGAUUCGCCUUUUCUGUCGCUGCCGGAGGAUGUUCUGGAUCUUUGCUUUAACGUAGACCGGGAUCUCAACCUUCGAGACUGGAUAUCUCUGGCAGGAGUCAGCCGAUUCUUUCGAGACAAGCUUGAUGACGACUUCUUCCACGUAAGCCCCCACCAGCGCAUGGCCAGCUUGAUUGGGAGACAGAUCUCUGAUGGUUCACAGGAACUAUGGUUUCUCAAAUGCAAAAGGGAGUACGGAAGCCAGCACAUGAUCCACACCUUCGAUCCCGAGACCAAGGUCACAACUAGCAGAGUCAACCGACCAGACGGCCAUCCUGCCUCCCAGCCCUUCACUCGGCCUUUCCAGCCCUGGUGGGUCGAUCCGACUCCAAACGACUCCACCGGCCCAGGCUCCGACCAUGCGACAGGCGGCGAGGAUAGUAAGCCCAAAUCCGCUCGAAGCAGACAGCCGCACUAUAUCCCGAAAGGACCUCGGUCUGGUUGGACCAGGGAGCAGUACACGGUGUACAAGGAGGAGAAGGGCAGCUAUGCCGAUUCGGAACGUCGAGCGAGGAUCCGGCGAGCGGACAAGGCGGCCAAGAAAGCCAUCGAGAAUGCCAAAUGGCGGAUGGUCAAGGUUAGACAAGUUAGGCGGUCGGUGCUCGCUACGAUACAAGGAAGGCUUGAUGGGGAGGAGGCGGUACAGAAGGAUGAAUGGGGGCUUCCUGUCACGCGGAAGGUGGACGAGGAGGAGACCGUGCGGAAGGUCCCUCCCAAAAAGAAGGCAAAGGUCGCGUCAAGGGCGGGUGUUGAGAUGAGCGAGGAGGGGAGGGCUCUCUGGGAGGCCGCCAAGAUCCCGGGGUGGAUACGGCGCUUACCGGUCGGCGCGGAGUGGGAAGUGCCGGACACGGACGGAGAGGAUGAUCUCGAACCAUACGCUCCGCCACGAUACGACUCGGACGGACAGCUCAUCCCCUACGAUCACUGGCCGAGCGGAUGGAGGAACAAAGUAGCGGAGGAGGUCAACGGUAUAUGGAUCAACAUGACUGAAGCCAUGGGAACAUUCAAGGUGUCCAAGGCGGAGCUCAUCUGCCUGCGCCACCUUCUGAUAACCAAUCCCUUGAGCUCCAAGCAACCCCAGCAGAUGUACCUCGAGUCCGCGGUCGAAGCGCUUGCCGAGCGAUCUCAUGGAGGGAAGCAGGGCCAUCUGGAGUACUUCUGA